UGUCUGCGCAGAGAUGACGCAGUAAUAAUAAUGAAAGGAUGCUUCAAAAUUCCUCCUAGACUGCAGCUUGUGUAGUGAGCAGCAGCAGCAGCAGCAGCAGGAGAUUUCACACACCCUAACAAGAGUAAUACACUGGGAAGCGAAGAGUUAGACAGAGACCCAGAGAAGACACGAGACAGGGGAAGAGUGUCCUGGAGAGACCUUCACUCACGACACAACUCAGUCAUUAAAAGAAAGAGUGGGAGAUUUUGACAUACAAAGUUUAAUUGAAGGAUACGUCUUAAUUGAAUAACAACUUCCAAAAAGCUUUGACUCACUGCAAAAGAUACUUAGUUCACUGAACACUUUAAAGAGGCGACAUGUCAUGUUUUGUGUCACUCUGUCUGUCCAUUUGCCUAGCACUAAUAAUGGCCGGCAGGACAAGUGCACUGAAUGAGAACAUCGACGUGCUGGUCAUGUUGCCUUCAAAUAACACAUACAUGUUCUCAUAUCAAAGAGUUUUUCCGGCUAUUGAUUAUGCGAGACAGUCCCUUGACAGAGGAGAGCUCGUUGCGGGAUUGAAAUUCACGGUGCGCUAUAAGAACUCCUCGUGCGGGAUGGAUGCGCUGUACGCGCUCGUGGACAUGCAGAGAGACGAGCGUCCCGACCUGGUCCUCGGUCCGGUGUGCGAGUACUCUGCCGCGCCGGUGGUGAGAGUGGCAUCGCACUGGAACAUCCCGGUGAUCUCAGCAGGUGCUCUUGCCACCGGCUUCGCGGCAAAAAACAGUGAGUUCUCGCACCUCACGCGAAUCGCGCCAACUUACCUGAAAAUGGCGGAGACGUUCCAGGCGAUGUUCGGACAUUUCGGCUGGAGAAGCGCGCUUUUGAUUUACGACGAUGAUAAAGAUGAGAGGAACUGUUACUUUACGAUGGAAGGGGUUUAUAAUGUCCUGAUAGACCACCACAUUACCGAUCACGCUGUUUUGAACCCACACGAAGAGAGAGUUGACGCCGACGACAUCAUGAAGUCAGUCUACGGGAGCGAAGUUAUAAUCAUGUGCGCCAAAGCCGACACAAUACGAGACCUCAUGCUGGCUGCCCAUCGGCGAAAAUUAACCAGCGACAGCCACAUCUUCUUCAACAUCGAGCUCUUCAACUCAUCUUCCUAUGGGGACGGAUCUUGGAGGAGAGGUGACAAACAUGACAAUGAGGCCAAGGCUGCCUACAGCUUUCUUAACACUGUCACGUUACUGAGGUCCACCAAGUCAGAGUUCAAGAAGUUCUCAGUAGAAAUGAGAAAGUCACUACAGAAAUCGAACAUCCCUGUAUGUGAAGACUGCAAUGCUGUAAAUAUGUUUAUGGAGGGGUUCCAUGAUGCUUUGCUUCUGUAUGCAGUUGCCUUGCGCGACGUGAUUAGUAACGGUCUCACCAAAAAGAAUGGACUGGAGAUCACACACAGCAUGUGGAACAGGACAUUUGAAGGCAUUGCUGGCCAGGUGUCUAUAGAUGCCAAUGGUGACCGAAAUGGGGAUUUCUCAGUCGUUAGGAUGACUAACAUAGAGGCCGGCACCCAUGAGACUGUCAUGAACUACUUUGGCACUAAUGGAAGUUUCCAGAUUAUGCCUGGCUUUAAGACGGAAUGGUUUUCCUUGCGAACAUUACCAGAGCCCCCAGUUCCAACGCAGACCGACCCAUCAUCAGGUGGACUAGGUGUAUCGGCAGUGACUGGGAUAAUUGUGGGGGGAAUUCUGGGAAUUUCUCUCCUCCUGGCAUUCUACUUCUUUAGGAAGAAUUACAGGAUAACAAUCGAGCGAAGAACACCUCGAGAAGACUGUGACAUCGGAAAGCACCGUCAGCUGCGGGAGGACUCAAUCAGAUCCAACUUUUCAGCAGCGUAGUCUGAAGUUGCGCACCGGAUUGUGAGG